GUCUUGCUUGUCCUACCCUGUCUGUUAUUUUCGACGAUUAGUGCGGAAGACAUAUCUCCCGAGAAAGAAAAAACCAUAUUGAAGGCGUUUAAAAGACAGGGCAGAGCCGAUCUCCUUAAAGCUGAGCGGAACGGGGAAGACAGAGCUUUUAAACUUUCCUUUACUGGAAACAUAACAGGACCCAAAACAGGUGAGUAUUUAUAGUUAAUUGAAGCGGUCAAUCACUCCCAACAGGAAGUCAAUCAGCGAUUGUAAGAAUGGAAAGAAAGCAGCUCUGUCUUUAGAGGAUAGAUCAUAGUAUUAGCUUUAGUGAAUCCUCUUUUCAAUGCAGUGCUUCUCACCUUUCACAGUGCCAUAUUGAAAACACUCUUGGCCAAGAAAAAGUUGUGUUAAAAUUUUUGUUAUAAAAAGCUAAGUUCAAUGUAUGUUACUACAUACGAAAUGUCAAUGGAUUAAGCGCCUCCCAUGAAUUAAUUAUCACUCUGUAUAUCUAUUUCCAGGAACAGAAUUCUUAUUCAAAAAAUACGUCAAUGGUUCUUCCGGUCAUUUUACCAUUCACCCCGCCGAUUGGCCAGAGUAUUUACUGGCUGUUGAUGGACGAAAGUUGGUUAUAAAGGUUAGCGCAGUUUUAAAGACAUCAGUCAGAUUAGCAUCUCUUAUGUAAAAGUAAAGUAGUUUUGAAUGUAAAGUAUGAAACAAAAAACGUCUCAAUAUGCAUGGAUGCGGACUGAUAAAAUUGCCAUUCUAAAUAGCAGACUCGGCGAAAACCUUGCACAGAAAGAUGUUCAAAGAUCGCAGUUAUCUUGUUUGCUUUUUUUUGUUGCUAUUAACUUUUUUCCCGAAACAGCGCACUGAACAACCUGAGCAUUUCAAUUGUCCGUCCGCUGCUUCUUGGAUGAAACUCCUACGCUCUGAUUGCUCCAUUUAAAAACAAUAUAGUCCUUCCUGCACUCUGAUUGGUUAUCGACUAUAUCGAGUUCCUUAACCACAGAGCCAUAAGUAAUGUAACAGUUUAGGGAUAUAUCUGAAUGUAGUGCCAUAAAGUUACCCUUCUCUUGCUCUUUAUCGGCAGAAACCACACAAUUCUACGACGGAACUGAUGGAAAAAAACUAUAAGUUUUCGCUGACGGAAUUCCACUGGACAUAUACUGAUAAUGAAAAUAACAAAGAGGUGGAACGUGUCCUAACAGUAAUAGUCUCCAAAGCCAGUGGCCUCGCGAUUAAAAGUGCUAGGGAUGGUCGCGUCCUUUUGAGCUCUAACUGGAUGGACUGUGGAACAUGGCUCUCUCUUUAA